AUGGCAACAGCCGGCGCUUCACUGGAAAUCCAGGCAUCCAAAGUGAAAAACAAAGUAAGUGUUUUCUUCUAUUGUCCUGCUUGGAAAUUGUCAGAUCCUGCCCCAUCAAGAGAGAGGGGGUUGUGUGGAAGGCUAGCAAAAUGGACUUACUGUACUCAGCUUCCUUAUACUGAGUCAGACCAAUGGGCGCAAGAGUCUCCCCCAGACUUACCUGGCAAUAUUUGGUGGGGUGGGGAUGUUGAAACCUAGGUUAAAUUUUGCACGCAAGCAGAUGCUCUUAUCGCUGAGCCGUGGCCUUUCCCCACGUGCUAACUCUCUCUUUUUCUCUCCUUGUCCCCUCACAGCUGCAGAAGCCGCUGGUGGAGAAGUUGCGCCGCGACCGCAUCAACGGCAGCAUCGAGCAACUGAAACUGCUUCUGGAGAAGGAAUUCCAGAGACACCAGCCCAGCUCCAAGCUGGAGAAGGCUGACGUUCUGGAGAUGACCGUCAGCUACCUAAAAUAUAGCCAAAGUGAGUGCUGGUCUUGUUUAUUUAUGCUAGAAACCUGCAUCAGUUUAAUGCCAUAUUCAGUGCAUGGAUCUCUACCACUACUGAAUUCUGGGAGGGGUAGUUUGGUCAGGAUUGCAGCGAAGAUCCCAUGUGCCACUCAGAGAAUGACAUUGCCUAUGGCUCCUUGACACAAUGACAAGUCCCCAAGGUUCUCUAGGGAGAAGAAAUGGCUGUUAAGCUAGGUUUAAUGUGUUGGGUAGCUAUGCCCUUUACGUAGCUAGUGUAUGUUAAGUUAAAAGACCACUGUGGGCACCCUCACCUCUAAAUCCCAUGUCUCUUUCUUCACAGCAUUGGCGACAUCAUCUGUAAGCAGAACCCAGGAUUACAGCAAAGGCUAUUCCUCCUGCCUGAAGGAAACUCUGCAAUUCCUGGCCAUCCACUCAACGAACACCGAAACCCAGAGCAAGCUCUUAAGUCACUUCCAGAAGCCUUGGGAGGUGGCUAGCAAGGACAAUCCUCCACUUUCUACCCCCGCUCUGCUUCAGAAGGGGUCACCCCAAGGCGCCAUCUCAAAACCAGCCUACAAAUUGUGGAGGCCUUGGUAG